AUGUUAGAUGUAUUAGGGAAUACACCCUCACCAAGCACGAGUAUCGACGCAUGUUUAAGCGAUGGGUUUCAUUUGAAUAGCGGGGUGAAGAUAGGAGGAGAUGGGAAGUUUGUAGAGGGGAAGUGGAGGGGUGGGAGUGGGGUUUUGCUUGUAGGGGGUGAGGCGUUUGGGUGGAGACCUUGGGUUUAUGGGGAGGAAGAGAGGGAGAAGGAGAGGGAAUUGGUUAAUAAGAAGGGGCAGUUUGAUUGCGCGGAUGAGGUUUGGGGUGUUUUGGGGUGUGUUUGGCCUAGACCUGAUCUCCUCAUUCUCGGCCUAGGCAAAGAAAUGCGACCCAUUUCCCCUAAAACCCGCGCUUUUAUAAAUGGAUUGGGUAUACGGAUUGAAGUGGCUGAUACGAGGAAUGCGGCUGCGCAGUUUAAUUUGUUGGCGACGGAGAGAGGGGUGGGAAGUGUUGCUGCGGCUUUACUACCUAUUGGACGAUAA